CAUUUAUAUAAAAGUGAUAUAGGUUGUUUAGACUUAGGGAAUAAAAUGAGAAAGAAUGAGAUGAAAAAUAGGAAAAUUGUGCUUAUGAUUACGAUGAUGGUUAUGGUGGAAUUAACAAAAGCAAGUCAGAGUCCUCCAUCUAAGGCUGGUAUAAUCGACUGUGCUACUAAAUGUGAACUAGAAUGUGCACCAUUGCUAUUACCUCCUUCUAAUGGUGUUGCUUAUCUAGUAUGUGUUUUUACAUGUCGUGCCAAAUGUCUCGGAAGUCCCCCCAGUGCUGUUGAUAAUUGCAUCAUAGCUUGUGGCUAUGUCGAUAUUGAUGUUCGAGAUCUUACGAACAAUGCGGUGGAUUCCUGUGCCAAAGAAUGUUUGAACAAGUAGUGUUUUAUUGUAAAUUAUUAAGAAAAGUGAUAAUCGUAAACUAUAUUGCAAUAAAUAAAUCAUAA